AAAAUGUUACACUAUUUGAAAUACAGUGAAGUUUAACUUGAAACUUUCAUUUUCAAGGCUGGUACUAUUGUGAUUUACGUUUCAGCAUUUCUUAAAUUUGAUGUGGUUGAGGUAGUUGAUUUGUGGGAUUGUUACAUGUUGCUGUGGGGAUGAUGGUCGAAUUCGAGGAUGGAGGUGGAAGGAUUCCAUACAGUCCGACAUGCCUAUUAAUUUGCAAGGAGACCAAGUGAAGCCAGUACUUGACCUGGUAAAUCCUCAACAUUAUUGAGGAGGGUCCGAUAACUGUAGCUCCACCAGAGACAAUUAGAAAGUUGGAGCAGGCAGCUUGAAGGCUGGCUAAAAGUGUUAACUAUGUUGGAGCAGCUACUGUUGAGUAUCUGUACAGUAUGGACACUGGCGAGUACUAUUUCUUAGAGUUGAACCCUCGGUUGCAGGUGGAGCACCCGGUCACUAAGUGGAUAGCAGAAAUAAAUCUGCUAUCAGCCCAAGUUGCAGUUGGGAUGGGCAUUCCUCUUUGGCAAAUUCCUGAGAUAAGGCGGUUCUAUGGAAUGGAACAUGGUAGUGGAUAUGAUGCUUGGAGAAAGACGUCAGUGGUUGCCACUCCAUUUGACUUUGACAAGGCAGAAUCUAAAAGGUCAAAAGGUCAUUGUGUUGCUGUGCGUGUAACAAGUGAGGAUCCAGAUGAUGGCUUUAAACCUGCUAGUGGGAAAGUUCAGGAGCUGAGUUUUAAAAGCAAGCCAAAUGUUUGGGCGUACUUUUCUGUUAAGGCUUGUGGUAGUGGUCGGGGUUUAUCAGUUUGGAACCUUCCUGUUUCUGAAUGCAUUUCAAGGACUUCAACUCGUGCAUCUGUACAGGAUGUAGUAUUUGAUGAUACCAUUAGAUGGAUUCCAAGCAACCCCUAUGCUUCAGAUUCUAGAUCGAAGUGGUAAUGCAGCUUCGUUACCAGAGCACCCUGUAUUUUCUACCUUACAGUAUCUGCAAGAGCUUUAUCUGAGGUUAUAUUCAACGUUGAUGGAGGAGAGGGUGGUUUUGAAAUGGAGGAAGAAUGAGGAUGUUGUUCUGUGGUUUGGGUUGUCACUGUUUCUGCGUUUUCCUCUUGCUUCGUCACUGAACGAUGAAGGGUUUAUUGUGCAGGUUUGAAUAUCGAGUGAUCAUUAUCAAAGCUGAGGUGUACGUUCGAUGGCGUGGACGUGAAAGGGUGCUCUUAGUUUUAAGUCUUCCGUUGGGU